AUGAAUGAAGAAGAGUUGUUGGAGUAUUUCCGCUCUCAGCUGAAGCAGGAUCCUGACGUGGCUUCGGCGGUGGCCGCGAUUCGCACCUUGCUAGAGUUCCUCAAGCGUGAUGAAGGCGAGACGCUGCUGGGCCUGAGGGAAAACCUGACUUGGGCCACGGCCCGCCUGGCCAGCGUGGACUCGUCAGUGGCAGUGUCUUCUGGUGGCGAACUCUUCCUGCGCUUCAUCAGCCUCACGUCGCUCGAACACCAGGACCUGUCACGCUGCAAGAAGGUGAUGGAGGAACGCGGGCAACUGUUUGUGGACAAGAUCUCCAUGUCCAGGGGGAAAGUGGCCAAGCUGUGUCACACCUUCAUCAAGGACGGAGCUAAAAUCCUGACCCACUCCUACUCGCGGGUGGUCCUGAGGGUGCUGGAAAAGGCGGCGGCCGAGAAGAAACGGUUCUCCGUUUUUGUCACAGAGUCGCAACCCGACAGCGCCGGGCGAUUGAUGGCUCAACACCUGAGGAAACUCAACGUUCCUGUCACAGUUAUAUUGGACGCAGCAGUUGGAUAUAUCUUGGAGAAAGUGGAUCAAGUGAUCGUGGGUGCAGAAGGCGUGGUGGAAAGCGGUGGCAUCAUCAACAAGAUCGGCACGUACCAGAUGGCGGUAUGUGCCAAAGCGCACAACAAGCCUUUCUACGUGGUGGCAGAGAGCUUCAAGUUUGUGCGCCUCUACCCGCUCAACCAGCAGGAUGUGCCAGAUAAGUUUAAGUACAAGGCGGACACGUUGAAGACCCAAUGCAACCUGUCGGAGGAGCACCCCCUGGUGGACUACACGCCGCCCUCGCUCAUCACGCUACUCUUUACCGACCUUGGCGUCCUCACGCCGUCGGCUGUCAGCGAUGAGCUAAUCAAACUGUAUUUAUAA